AUGUCUUCCGCCCUCGCUCGUCCGUUGAUGCGGACCACCGCCCGCACUCUCCCUUCCCGCGCUGCCGUCCGCUUCGAGUCAACCGCCUCCAAGAAGGCCACCGAUGCCACCAAGGAUGCUGCCGCGAAGGCCAGCGAGUACUCCGCCAAGGCUGCUCAGGGCCUGAGCCGCGCCGCCAGCGCUGCUGGUCCCGCCAUCUCUGGUGCCGUUAAUGCCCUCGGCAAGGUCGGCGGCCGUACCGGCAAGGUUAUCGGCUUCAUCGAGAAGCAGGUCCCCUGGGUCGUCUACUACUCCCGCGUCGGUCUCGAGCUCUCCAAGAUUGUCUUCCACGGCCAGAAGAUGGCUCCUCCCCCCGUCUCCACCUUCCAGACCUACUUCCAGACUGCCGUGAACUCCCUCAAGAACCCCAGCGGCCUCCUCAGCUCCGCCUCCGCGACCGCCAGCUCCGCCGCCUCGGCCGCUGCCGCUGCUAAGCCCGCCAACCUGGCCUCGCGCAUCAACACCGCUACCGUCGCCACCGGUGCCGUCGUCGCCGCCGAGUGCCUCGGUUUCUUCACCGUCGGCGAGAUGAUUGGCCGCUUCAAGAUCGUCGGCUACCACGGCGAGACCCACGCUGCCCACCACUAG